AUGUCUAUAUCCAGUGGAAGGCGUCGCAGUUUCGGUGGUGUUACUUCCAAAGAAGUUGACCAUGACUCACUGGCAAAACUGCUGAUGAUGAAUACAUGCUAUGAAGCGAUGCCAACGUCUGGUCGUGUAGUGGUCUUGGAUGAAGACCUCGUAAUGUGGCAAGCAUUUCAUCGAAUUGUAACUCACGCGACACGACAUGUACUUCUAUCCGAUUCACAACAAGGUGGAGCGAUUACCGGUAUCCUGUCAGUAACAGAUUUUAUUCGCGUGCUUCUCAAAUUGUUUCGAGAAUCGAAAUUUGUUUCGCGUGAAGAAGCCAAUGACCUUGGGUUGCUUACCAUCAGAAAAUAUCAAGGUGGGUUUUGCUGUUAUCAUACUGUUUUACGUACUGGUACAUGUGAGCCAGAACUCAUGUACGAGGGUUCAGAACUCACCAAAAAGGCAGGCAAAUGGAGAAAUUUGGUGUGGAUUAGCGCAGAAAGCAGCCUUCUAGAAGUUGUUAGAUUGUUGUCAUCCCAUCACGUUCAUCGCAUACCUGUAAUCGAUCCCGUCACAUAUGAUCCCAUCUUUAUUCUUACGCACAAGCGCAUUUUAAAGUUCAUCUGGUGCUUUGGACAAUCACUUUUUCAUCACUCAUUCAUCACUCAAACUCCAAAGCAGCUCGGCGUGGGCACUUGGGAAGGCAUCCGCUGUGUGUACCUUGACACUCCUCUCUAUGAAUGUCUGGAUAUUCUUUUGAACCUUGGCGUUUCCGGAGUACCAGUUGUAGAACGUGAUACUCAUAAAGUUGUUGAUGUUUAUUCUCGUUUUGAUGCCAUUGGAAUUGCCUUACAAAACGAAGGAUUCAAUUUGGAAAUUACUGUGAAGGAAGCUCUUCAGUUCAAGCACAUCUGUAAUAACAACCGACAGCCUGUUGCUUCUGUCAGAGAAGCGCAGUCAUUCUACUCUGUUGUCUCCGUACUUGUCGAACGCCGUGUUCAUCGAGUUUGUGUUGUUGACGAAAACGAUGUUCUUCAGGGCAUAAUCUCCCUUUCUGAUGUGAUGAAAACCCUUGUUUUGGAGCCAGGAAGGCACCUCAAUUCACGGAAUAUUCCGCAGAGGCGUUUUUCUCAAUCUUCAUUCGACGUGACUAACAUGCAGUUGUAUUUGCGGUCGCUUGCGGAAGGCAGCAGCGUACAGUAA